AUGGACACAUCCCGAGUAUUUAAAGAAGAAUGCUCAAUGCAUAUAAAUGACGUCCAGUUUACGGAUGAAAAAGAUGUUGAUAAGCUCAUUAGUAAGAUUAGUGUGAAUUAUAAGGAAUGCAGCAAAUAUGAUCAAUAUAUUGAUCAAGACGAGGAAGAUGAAGAAGAGGAAGAAAAUGACAACACAAAGGUUCAGUGCCCUCUUCAAAAUUUAAAGGCUAGGAAAAAUAUAAAGUGUGACGUAAAACUAAAAAAAAAUGAAAUUACAAAUUCGAGAAGUAGCACAAUGAAUGAGACAAAAAAAGGACAGAAUAACGGUGUGAUGGACAACCUAAAAGAUUUUAUUUUUAAAAAAAAUAUGAUUAAUGACAAGAAGAUAAAAAAGAUGGGAAAAUUUGAUAACAUCAACAGUAAUGUCAAGAAGAAACGAAUAAUGGAAAGUAGUGAAGAGUCAGACGAAAAUACACAUUCGGUUAAAAAAAUAAUCGAUUAUGUUAAGAAGAAGAAAAAGCAAAGAAAAGGGGUGAAAUAA